GUGAUGAUCAACAGUGUUCGACUGUACGUAUCGCCUUGUCAAAGUUGAGCUCCAAAUUUUGCUACUCUUCAGAAUGCGUCUGUUAGCUUUGCUUCCUGUAUUUGUUUUUUCUGUCACUUGCACUAACACAGCUCAAGAAAAGGAAGAAAUUCCUUACGACAUUCAAGAUCCAAGGCUUUUCGCAACUACGACUACUACUACGACAACUACGGUCACCGUAGCUUCAACCAUUCCCUGUACUUCUGGAGAAUUCGCUGGGCUUGCCGAUCAAGCAGCAGUUGAUGCUCUUGCCAAAUGCCCAAUUUCUCUCGGUCGUCGCAGACGAGGCGUCUUGUUUGAAGAAGAUGAUGAAGAGCAAUUUUCAAUUAAUCCUUCAGCAAUCCAAGGAGUUGAGGCUACACAUUUAGUACCGUCAGCCCGAGAGAGUCGUGCUGCGGAUCCACAGUAUUUGAUGAUAUCUCCUUUUGGCUACCAUCAAAUUCAACCUGGCUUUUAUGGCAGUCCCUUCAACUACCGUCCUGUUGGCGUCUUGCCUCAAAACUACGGAUACCCUGCUGCCGGCCAGCAACGCGCAUUCGGCACUACCAUCGGUAGUGUGUUUAAUGCAUUAGUUCCAUCUAACCUUAAGGGGACAUUGACGUCAACCAUCACGUCAACCUUCUUCACCGUCGUCACUUCGCGUUCGACCGCCACCUGCAGUCCACCACCAAAUGCUCUUCGAUGCGACUAGGUUUAAUUGAAUUUCCUGCCAAAUAAACCGUAUACUUGAGCCAUCAUUUGAAGAAAACCGAAACCCAUAAUUGAGCUUCACGUGAGCAAUAUAUACGAGUUACCUGUCUGUUUGCUAUUUAGCAACACUGUAUACCGUUGCAUAAGUUAAUACAUUCCUGCAAAAGAAA